GUCAUGGAGUGAUCGGAGGGUCAGCCGACAUCGCGCUCACGCGGCUGUGCCCCAACCUCUCAUCCGAGCAUAAACUUCAAUGUUUACGGCGAUGAUGCGUGCCGAUCAGAUCCAUGCUUGGGUCCCGCAUUCUUUUACCCCUCCCCAAGAACCCCACCCUCGUGGGCUACCCAUCCACUUCCACUUUUCACGCGCUAGCAAAUCUCUCCGGCGCGACUGAAGGUGUUAGAUGUGCAUUGAAAGCUUUUGUAAAGCUUGAUCACUCCUUUUUUUGCGUUGAACACUCACCAUGGCAAACCCCACAGCCGCUCCGGCGCUUCAGGGGGAGGUGGGAUUGAAAGAGCGCUUCUUCCGCUACUUUCAGCAUGAAGUUACUGCCCUUCAGGAGCAAAUGGCGCGCUUAGACUCCACGGCCUACACGGGCGGCGAGCGCAACGACGCGGUAGACCACUGCCUGGCAGGCAUAGACCGCCUCUCCCACGAAGUCAAAGACGCGUCAAGCUACAUUCCGGCCUAUGAUCAGCGAACAUACAGCGAGGCCAUCAAAGCGCUCUCCGAAAAGCUCCAAAACAUCCGCGACACCUUCAACCCACCCAAGAAAUUCCAAUUCAAAACCGCGCGCAAGAACCCGUCCGCCAUCUCGCUCUCCGACGCCGCCGAACUCGCAAAGCAGAACAAGCUCCGCGUCCCGGGCUACUACAGCUCCGACAUCUCAACCGCCACAUCUUCGUUUGCUCCGACGCCGCUCGACAAGCUAUCACCGAGCGAGGAGAAGAGAGAACAGGAGUUGAUAGAGAAGAAUGAAGCAUUGGGUGCCAUGGAGAACGAGGAUGCGGGGGCCAGUGCAGUGAUUCGGAAACCCUCGUUCUCGAACGCGAGCAGCGUGACGAUUUCGAAUCACAGUGGGUUGCACAUCAUACUGCCUACUUCAGCAUCGCAUGCCACAAGCUCAGGAACGGUGUCAAAUCUCCGGCACUGCGUCGUCGACCUCUCACCGCCCACGACCAACGGUGGCCCCUUCGCGAGCCUCGUGCUCAAGAACAUCAAGACCUCGCUCAUCGUAUGCGGGCGAGUUUCGGGGCCCAUACACAUCACGGGCAUCGAAGAUUGUGUUGUUGUAACGGCAUGUCGGCAGUUCCGUAUGCAUGGCUCAAAGAACGUGGAUGUUUACCUGCACUGCUCGAGCCGACCCAUUAUUGAAGACUGCGAACAGAUUCGAUUUGCGCCGUUACCAGAGACAUAUAGUACUCCCGAGAUCUCAACAACGGCGAAUCAAUGGGAUCAGAUCGACGACUUCAAAUGGCUCAAAUCCGAACCAAGCCCCCACUACAGUAUUCUGUCGGAAGAAGACCGCGUCAGCGAGGGAGUUUGGAAGGACACCGUUCCGGGUGGGCAUAAUGUGAGUCUGGACGACGUGCUGAGAGCUGUCACAGUGCUUCAUUAAGCUCUUACGGCGUAGGGAGCGCUUCACAAAGCCUUUGACAUAGAGUCAUGAUUUCGGCAUGCUGAGAGGUCUAUGUCCGUUAAGCGUUAUGCAUAGGGCAAGUAGCCUGGUGUUUGACUUACACAGUACGUUCUGGCCGGUCUGGAUAGCUUGGUAGAAUCAACCAGGUAUAAACUGUAGGUGCAGUACAGCACCAAGAUGGAGCCUUAGAGAUGAAUUGUUCGCUGCGCCGAUAAAAGUAUCAGACAACGCGAGAUCUGUUCGAAACGUUCAGCACUUUGCGCGU